UUCAAUCAAGCAAUUUCAUUUCUCUUCACCAAGAGACCAGGAAAAUGGAGUGAAUUCGAAAUUGAUUAAUGGAACACAAGAAUCCUUAACUUACAACCUGUAAUGUAGACCAUCCAUGGUGCAGGAUUAGCAUAUCUGAUAUGUGAAAUUAUUGCAUAGUUUAAUUUCAUUUCCUUUCCAAAAACAUGUGAUCAGUUGACUCGGAUCAAUUGUUAAUUGUUUCACAUAUCAAAAUGCAUAUAUUUUGGCAUUUUCGGAAGAAAUGAGUAUCAAAUGAUUCCUUCUGGAAAUGCCAUGUAUACUUAUACAGGAUAAUCCGAUAAUGUUGUUUUUGUAAAUCCAAUAUCGCUUGCUCUUUGGCCUUUUAGCUAGCAUAUAUGAAGAAGCUUUAUGUGGUUGCAAUGAGCUAGAUAGCCUUCUCCCUUUCACAGUUCUUUCUCUUACUUCUCUCUGCAUCUUUCUCAUGGCAUCAGAGGUUCAAGCACAGCCGAAAUGGGAAGGUAAAACCUCAGCCGAGCUCAAAAGCUCACCAGCACAACAGGUCUGGCCUUUCCUUGCCGAUUUCUGCAACUUACACAAAGUCUUCCCAGGCCUUGAAACUUGCUACCAAGUCGAGGGAGUCCCCGGCCAGCCGGGCCUGAUCCGCUGCUGCGCCGGACCGGCUACUAAUAACGACGAGAGCACCGUAAUGUGGGCCAAAGAGAAGCUGAUCGCGGUUGAUCCGAUCAAACGUUGCUUCAGCUACGAGAUGCUUGAGAAUAACAAGGGGUAUAAGUCGUAUGUUGCAACCAUGCAACUGGUUCCGGUGAUGAACGACGAUGAAGGGUGCAUGAUCGAGUGGUCGUUUGUUUCUGAUCCGGUCGAAGGGUGGGGAUUGGAGGACUUUCAGUCUUAUCGUGAGUCGGGUCUACAAGGGAUGGCAAAGAAGAUUGAGGAUGCUCUUCAGUCUAGUACUAGUGCUACCGUGUGAUGAUUUACGUUGUGUUCUUGCUCAUUAUAUUGUUGUGGUCUCUGUAAUGAUUCUAAGACCAGAAUGUUGUACUUGAUAAGUCUUUUAAUUGUUAAUUGUUUUGAAUAACUAUUCUACGAGGAGUUUGUUGGUGUUUACCAAGUCUUUAGGGAAAUCCCAUGAACUCAGGAUUUGUUAGUCAUGGGGUUCCAAUAUAUUGCUUUCAUAUUGUUUAGUUUCUCUGACAAUCUAUGUCUCCGAUCUGAACGUUUCGUAUCAAGUUCUCUU